CUGAUGACGCGGCCCGGAAUGCCAUCUGGGCCCGCGGCUUUGCGGAUAUUUACCCGUCGGAAGGAUUGGGUUACAUUCGCUACAGAGACUGAGAGUGAACUAACCUCUGUAGCUUCGGCCACGAGAGCUCUCUCCGCGAAGGCGGUGUUAUUUCCCUCGAAACAAGUAUAGAAAGUAUUUAGCUCAUCCGGGAGAGAGGCAGCUGUGUUUAUGGCGGAGUUUUUAUUCUCUUUAAAGGCCGUGAUGAUGUUAAUUUCCUGCCACAUGCUUCUAGAGUUGGUGGUGUUAAACUGUCCUUCAAUCUUGUUUUUGUACUGGCGUUUUGCUGUUCUGAUGUUUGCAGUUUUUCGGAGGGCAUAACUGGAUUGUUUAUGCUCCACGUUCCCGGAAUUGAAAGCGGAGGUCCGCACAUUAAGUGCCGCGCGAACAUCGCUAUUUAUCCAUGGCUUCUGGUUCUGGUAGAUCCAUAUUGUUCUGGUCGGAAAUACGUCCUCCAUGCACUGUAUGGAGCUACAGAGCUGAGACAUUUUUCUAAAAAUCUUCAUUUGUAUUCUGCAGAAGAAUGUCAUAGACAUCUAGGAUGGCAUGAGGGUGAGUAAAUGAUGAUACAUUUUUCAUUUUUGGGUGAAAUGCCCCUUUAAUUCACAAAGGAGACAAUCUUCCUUGCUUCCUAAAUAAUCUUUGUCAGGUUAGCUUAAGCAGUUAGCUCUUAAAACUUUUGUUUUUUCUUGAUUAUCUUCCUUGUAUGCUUAAUAAUAUUAUUGACAAAUUCAUUAACUCUUAGAUAUCUGGGGAAAACACCUCUACUGUGUAGCAAUGCUUGCUGCUUUUCUGCUUUUCAUUUAUAUUCUGUAACUUUUUCUGAUCAUCUCUUUCUCCCUGUUUGCCAGGAGCAGAAUAAGCACUAGUAGGAAAGCUUGACAGAGGGAACUACAGAAAGGUUCAGUGCUACUUUGUAUUCUGACUAACUCUGAGUUUCUGUAUGAGAGUGACAACUAGCAGGCAUUUUAAUCAGUGAUUGUGACCUAAAAUACAGUUGAGUCACACCUCACAGUCACAUCUUUUUGCACACGUCUUACAAACACAGAACCAGUAUUUCAGCACUUCAGUUGAGGGAAAACGAAACUUAAGUGCUGUUUUGUCUUUCUAUCUGAGUGUGCGUGCAGUAAAAUGGCAGAAGCCAGUAUUUCAGAGGAUCAGUUCAGCUGUCCAGUGUGUCUGGAUCUAUUGAAGGAUCCAGUGACCAUUCCCUGUGGACACAGUUAUUGUAUGAGCUGUAUUACAGACUGCUGGGAUCAGGAUGAUCUGAAGGGAGUCUACAGCUGCCCCCUUUGCAAACACAUUUUCACUCCAAGACCUGUUGUAGGUAAGAAUGUGGUGUUCGCUGAAAUGUUGGAGAAACUGAAGACGACUAAACUCCAAGCUGCUGUUCCUGCUCACUGUUACGCUGGACCUGAAGAUGUGGAGUGUAAUGUCUGUACCAGAAGAAAAUACAAAGCCGUCAAGUCCUGUCUAGUGUGUAUGAAGUCUUACUGUGAAACUCAUUUUAAGCGUCAUGAGAAAUUUCACCCAGGCAAGCGACACAAAGUGAUCAAUGCCACUGGACGACUUCAGGAGAUGAUCUGUCCAAAACACAAUAAACAGUUGGACAUCUACUGUCGCACUGACCAGCAGAGCGUUUGUGAACUGUGUAUGAUGGAUGAACACAAAUACCAUGAGUCUGUAUCAGUUUCAGAAGAGAGAAUAAAUAAACAGAAACAGUUGAAGGAUAUACAGAGAGGCCUGCGUCAGAUAAUCCAGGAGAGAGAGAAAGAUGUUGAGGAGCUGAAAGAGGCUGUGAAGUCUCAUAAGCGCUCUGCAGAGACAGCAGUGGAGGACAGUGAUAGGAUCUUUACUGAGCUGAUACGCUCCAUUGAGAGAAGCCGCUCUGAGGUGACACAGCUAAUUAGAGAUCAGGAAAAUGCUGCAGUGAGUGAAGCUGAAGGACUCUUGAAGCGACUAGAGCAGAAGAUUGCUGAUCUGAAGAGGAGAGACACUGAGAUGGAGCAACUUGCACAAACACAUGAUCACAUCCAUUUCCUCAAGUGUCUGUCUGCUGCUGAAUCUACAGAUGUUCCCAGCAUCAUUGUCACUAAUCUGAUCUCUUUUGAUGAUGUGAGAAAGUCUCUCUCUCAACUAAGAAAGAAACUUGAGGAUCUGUGCAAAGGCAAGAUCAAAAAUAUAUCGGAUAGAGUGAAAUGCAUCCAGACCAUUCCCCUCCAUGACCCCAAGACCAGGGAGGAGUUUUUACGAUAUUCCCAUCAGCUCACUCUAGAUCUAAACACAUUGAAUGGACUCCUCUGUCUAUCUGAUGGGAACAGAGUGAUUUCUCAAGGUGACACAUUCAACCACUAUCCUGAUCAUCCAGACAGAUUUGAUUACUGGGAACAGGUGUUGUGUAGAGAGAGUGUGUGUGGUCGCUGUUACUGGGAGGUGGAGCUGGAUGAGAGUAGUCAUGUGGAAAUAGCAGUGUCUUAUAAGAACAUCAGCAGGAAGGGAGAAUGUAUGAGAAAUGACUGCUUAUUUGGAUUUAAUAAUCAGUCCUGGAGUUUGUACUGCUCUUCUGACAGACACAGAUUCAGUUACAAUAAUAUAAAGACUGAACUCCCUGUAGUGUGCAGCUCAUGUAGAAUAGGAGUGUAUGUGGAUCACAGUGCAGGAAUUCUGUCUUUCUACAGCGUCUCUGAAACAAUGACUCUCAUCCACAGAGUCCAGACCACAUUCACUCAACCUCUGUAUCCGGGGUUUAGAGUUUACUGGGGAUCAGUGAUGAAACUGUGUGAUUUAACACCAUAGAGUUCCACAUGUUAGUAUACGUAUGUAAGUAUAUGUAUGUUAGUAUAUAUACUGUAUAUACAUGCUUGCCAAAGCACAGCUUUGAGCUGCAUUUUAAAUCAUUAACAGUGAGAUGUAUAAUUUCAAUGAUCAAUAACACUACAAUCAGUCAAUACUACAGUUAACUAUAAACUUGUUACCGUCAAUAAAAAUGUCUUCUAUGAUUAAAUGAAAAAUCUGCCAAUCACAUUAAUCUAAUGGUUUUAGUGUAAGAGUGAGAUAGCAUCACCAACUAACACCAAAGAUCAUAGCCACAUGCUAUGGGUGCAACAAAUUUCUAAACUAUAAUUUAAAUUUUAAAAAACUGAAAUAGAUCUUUUAUAGCUUCAAAGUCUGGAAAUGUGUUCAUAGUGAAGUAAUGUGUUAUUUUUGUUCAUGUAAUCAUGAAACAUUAAAUCAUCAUCUCACCUAAAUGAUAUGCAAAACAAUACUUGUAAUAAUAUAGUAGUGUCUUUCCACUAGAUGGCAGCACAAGCCUAUUCUCAUAAAGCAUUCUGUGGCUGUCAAUAAAGUAAGAUCUGUU